AUGGGUCGAGGAGGCAAAUGGAAGAAGGACCAGUACCCGCAGCAACGCGGGCAGCAUGGGGCCUACGACGGCAGGGACUCCAAGUACUGGGAAUACUGGCGUGGACCCUGGUGGCCUGGAACUGGGGCCAAGACCAAUACUUCUCCCACCCGCUACGACCAAGUGGAGGGGCGCCGACCCGAAGUCGGUGCUUUGCCAGAGGGCGACUCCCGGAUCAUGCAGGAGCUUCAGAAGACAGCGGCUCACGCCAGAAAGAUGGACGCCAAGAUCCGCAAGAUCGAGGAGGAGAAGGCGUUGAAGACCAAGCAGUGGCAUGUUUAUGCCGCUGGGGCGAAGGCCAAGUUUGUCAAGCAACGACAAAUGUACGAGAGAGAUAUGGCCCGCCUGGAAGAGGAGACGUUGGCCACUCUAGCAGCUGGCAGGGACGCCGCGGACAAGGCGCGAUAUCUGGUUUCCCAUGGCAUCCAGGAGCCGGAGCCCGCACAGGAUGUUGCAGCAGCCAAUGCUCAAUGGGAUGCUUUGAUCGCUGCUCCAGAGGCUUCGGAGCCAGGGCCACUCCUCGCUCAGACUCUGGAGGCAGCCAGGACAGGCCAUCUCACCUCACCAGCACGGCAGCUACGGCCAGAGAUCGUGCAACAGCUUCUUGGCAUGAUUGGACCUUCUCUGGAGAGUAUGAUGGCGGGACCAGCUGGUCCGCCGGCUUAUCAUGCAGAGCCCCCGGCCGCAGUUGCUCCGCCUGGCUUGGCGGAGGGUACAGCACCGGCUCCACCCUUCUGUGCGGCUUCGCCGGGGAGGAUGCCGGCACCCGUCACGGAGGUCAAAGCUGCCACGGAGAGGACAGUGAGAACUUCUCCACUCCAUCCCGGUCAGAGAGAUCCUACUCAAGUGAGGCAGCCCACCUCUCAGCUGCCUCCGCGAGCAGACAUCAAGACUGCGUCGGUGGCCUCGACCGCGCCGCAGCCGCCGCCGACAGGCCCCAGUCUCGCCACCAAGUUGGAGACCAGGCGAGAGCAGGAGCGGCGGGCUUUAAGGCCUUUUGGUGGCAGAGCUCCGGAGCCAGCACAGGAAGCCGCCCAGGGUUCUGCCCAGGGUUCGAUGUUCAUGGAGGACGAUCCGGAUCUGGAGACACAGCAGGCACAAGCCGAAGCGGGACUACACGGCCUCUCCUGA